AUGUGGCCCCGCGCCCGGGCGGCUCUCAACGGACGCGGCGAUGGAUACAUCCAACCGCAAAGGCCCGAGGCACCCACGCCACCGGUCGCAGUCACGCAGCCCGGGACCGCUGUGCUCCACGGGCACCACCACCACGGCAAGGGUUGGCCCGAGUACUACGAGAAGGAGAAGGAGGAGAUCCUGUGGCAGAGGAGCUCACUGAGAGAGAGAGAGAGAAUUGGAGAGCUGGGGGCACCUGAAGUAUGGGGGCUGCCACCAGAGGUUCCUGACCCCGAUUCUGAUGAGCAUACAGCGGUAGAAGAUGAAGAGGCAAAAUCUAAGAGCAGUUCUUCGGAUUCCAGCUCAGAAGAGGAAAAGAAGAAAAAGAAGAAGAAAAGACAGAAGAAAAAACGUAAGGCAUCCAAAAGAAAGCGCAGAAAACAUUCUGAGGACAGCGACAGUGAGUCGGAGUCUGAGCAGAACUCCAGUGAUGAAGAUAAAAAGAAAAGCAAGAAGAGGAAAAAGAAGAAGAAAAAUAAGAAGAGCAGGAAGGAAUCCAGCGAUUCAAGUAGUGAAGAGUCCAAUGAUGAAACAGUUCAAGGGGAUGGUCUCAGGACUGAGAGGUCAAAAAAUACUGAAGCUGAUAGCUUGACUGGACCAGAGGCUCCCAAAACUCAUGCGUCUCAGGAUGACAGGGGAAAAUGUAUUCACCGGAGAGGCGAGAUCGGCUUGACCAGUGAAGAGAUCGCAUCGUUUGAGAGCUCUGGUCAUGUCAUGAGAGGCAUCAGACAUCGGCGCAUGGAAGCCGUGCGUCUGCGAGAGAACUAGAUCUACAGCGCAGACGAGAAGAGAGCCCUGGCCUCUUUCAACUCAAAUAAAGUACUUUUCGCCCUGGGAUCCAGAGAGGAGACUUGGCGGCUCUUUUCUCCUACCGAAGGGGAACUAUGCCACCGAGACCCUCUCUGAGAAACCAGGAGCGAGGAGUCAAACUUCUUCA